UCGACCAAUCUAAUCUAAACCCCAUGAGCCAGAGCCACCUUCAAAGGGACGAGAGCGGCAAAAAUUUCCAAGCAGUACAGACGGAUUCCCCCGUAGUCUCCAUCUUCUCUUCUGCUCUUCAUAUCUCCAAUCUCCACUUAACAGCAAAUAGAGGGUGAGGUUUUGAUAGUGUCUCUCUCUGAAGACAUUUCCAAAUGGAUGAAAAUGGACCGCAAACACCAGAAGAAACCCUAGAUGCUGAAAUCAAAUCAUUUUUUGAUUCAGCUCCACCUUUGAGGAAUAUUGAAAAUAUCAGUGAAAGUUUGAAGAACUUUAUUGAAAUCAAUUCAUCACCAGCUGGAAGUAGAAGUGCCAGGAAAGUUGUUUGUGUGACAUCUGGGGGAACCACGGUUCCUUUAGAGCAAAGAUGUGUUCGCUAUAUAGACAACUUCAGCUCAGGUCACAGAGGAGCAGCUUCCACAGAGUACUUUCUGAAGGCUGGAUAUUCAGUUAUCUUCUUAUAUCGAACGAAAACCUGUCAACCAUAUUGCAGUUUGCUUCCCGAUGAUCCAUUUCUGGAGUGUUUUGAGUUCACCUGUGAUUCAGGCAUACAAGUGCGCCAGUCAUAUUCAGAAGCAGUGAAGAGUGCAAUCAGUGAGCAUCAUGCUGCAGUAGCAGAUGGCACACUUCUAAAACUUCCUUUUACAACCAUUUUUGAAUAUCUUCAGAUGUUGCACUUGAUCGGGACAUCAUUGAGGAGUCUUGGACCCCAUGCACUCUUUUAUCUUGCUGCGGCUGUCUCUGACUUUUAUGUUCCAUGGGAGAGCAUGGCAGAGCACAAAAUUCAGUCAGGAUCAGGUCCUUUAGACAUGCGACUUGCUCAGGUGCCAAAGAUGCUAUCAGUGCUGAGGAGUGAAUGGGCUCCAACGGCGUACUGUAUAUCCUUCAAGCUGGAGACUGAUGUAAAAAUUCUCUUGGAGAAGGCAGAUGCAGCUCUGAGAAAGUACAAGAUGCAUAUGGUCAUUGCAAAUGAACUUUCGACCCGCAAAGAGGAGGUGACUCUUGUUACUGAAAAUGAGAAGAUACAUGUUCGGCGUGACCCGAAACUGGUUGGUGAUGAAGUGGAGAAUCAUAUUGUCAAACAUAUAGUUGAGAAGCAUUCUACUUAUAUCAAUGUCUUUGAUCACUAAGUGUCAGAGGGUUGCUGGAUCAUACGAGUGAUCGAGUGCAGAGUCAACACCCCUUAUCUGUUUAUACUUUCCUUGUCUAGUUUACAUGGUUCUGCUCGUUUCUGGUAGAAGAGAAGAUCUACGUCCUGAGUCCCUUUGUUGAACUUAAAUACACAGGGCGAAGCUUUACAUGCAUGCUAAUGUUGGUUCUAAUUAUACGAAUAAUAUUUUGUCUCAAGUUUGUCAUGUAAAACUUGUAAUUUCACUAAUCAGUGAAGUUAAAGCGGCUUCCAGAGAUGUGGCAUACUUGAUAAAAUCAUGUGGCUUGUCUUUCUGUUACUUGUUUAAUAACAAAAUUAGCUGUGUUGUCUAUUCUUCA